CAAAAAACAAUCACAGCUCUUCAGGGGGCCUUUCUUGAGCAUAUACAUAUACUUCAACGUAUUCCACAGGUUUCGCAAGUAGUUCCAGUACGUAAUGUUGAACAACUUGAUUCCGUUGAUGCUUUGAUAAUACCUGGCGGUGAAUCUACAGCCAUUGCUCUAGUAGCUGAACGCUCUGGGUUAAUUGAACCUUUACGUGAAUUUGUACGCUCAAAACCUACGUGGGGGACUUGUGCUGGGAUGAUCUUAUUGGCUAACAAGGCCAAUAGAACUAAAAAAGGUGGUCAAAUUUUAAUAGGUGGAUUGGAUAUAACCGUUAAUAGGAAUGAGUUUGGAAGUCAGGCAAAUAUCCAAAUUAAUCAUGUCACAACUUCAUCCAAUGAUCUUUUUCCAGCAGUAUUCAUUCGUGCACCCAUAAUUGCAUCUAUCAAUUCACCUUAUGUAGAAGUCUUGGCUCGACUGCAGUGUACUACUGGAGAAACGGAUGUAUCUGCAAUUGUAGCCGUUAAGCAGAGUCAUAUAUUGGCAACAGCUUUUCAUCCUGAAUUGACUAAUGACGAUCGGAUACAUAGAUUUUUUGUAAAACUUGCAAUCGAUUUUUUGAAUGAAAAAAAAAGUUAA